UAGUGGCCCGGAGACUUGAAAGGAGUCGCGACUGUGAGAGUGGAUUGGAGUAGGGGCCGGAGAUCAGUGACUUCGGGAGGAUUCUGGGAGAAGAGUCGAAGUGAGGGGGACCAGAGUUGAAGGGGCGGAGGGCAGAUGGGAUGCGGAAAAAUGAGUUCGGAUUAAAGGACUAAUACCCUACUGGAAGGUAGGCUCAGUAGACACCUAUAUGGCAGGAAUAAGAACUCCGUGGGAGAUAGAGGAUGGUAGGGGAGGAGUACCCAGGUUUUAAUAGAGAAGGUACGAGUAUAGGGGAGUUGAGUGAACUGGAGACGUGAAGUGUACAUUUCUAAUAGUUCUACCUGAGGCGAUGAGAUUAGAAAGAAAGGAAGAUCAGACCAGGUCUUUGGAGAUAUCUUUGGCGUUGUCUGGUCUUCUUCAGGUUCUAAAUGGCUUCUAAGAAGUUGGGUGCAGAUUUUCAUGGGACUUUCAGUUACCUUGAUGAUGUCCCAUUUAAGAUAGGAGACAAAUUCAAAACACCAGCUAAAGUUGGUCUACCUAUUGGCUUCUCCUUGCCUGAUUGUUUGCAGGUUGUCAGAGAAGUACAGUAUGACUUCUCCUUGGAAAAAAAAACCAUUGAGUGGGCCGAAGAUAUCAAAAAAAUCCAAGAAGCCCAGCGGGAUGCAGAACGCAAGGCUGAGGAAGCAGAAGCCAAAGUGAAUUCUAAGAGUGGCCCAGAAGGUGACAGCAAAAUGAGCUUCUCCAAGACUCACAGCACAGCCACAAUGCCACCUCCUAUUAAUCCUAUCCUUGCCAGCUUACAGCACAAUAGCAUCCUUACCCCAACUCGGGUCAGCAGUAGUGCCACAAAACAGAAAGUUCUCAGUCCACCCCACACAAAAGCAGAUUUCAAUCCUGCUGACUUUGAGUGUGAAGAGGACCCAUUUGAUAAUCUGGAGUUAAAAACUAUUGAUGAGAAGGAAGAGCUGAGAAACAUUCUGGUAGGAACCACUGGACCCAUUAUGGCUCAGUUAUUGGACAGCAAUUUGCCCAGGGGAGGAUCUGGGUCUGUGUUACAGGAUGAGGAGGUCCUGGCAUCCUUGGAACAGGUGACCCUAGAUUUCAAGCCUCUUCAUAAACCCAAUGGCUUUAUAACCUUACCACAGUUGGGCAACUGUGAAAAGAUGUCGCUGUCUUCCAAAGUUUCCCUACCCCCCAUCCCUGCAGUAAGCAAUAUUAAAUCCCUGUCCUUCCCCAAACUUGACUCUGAUGACAGCAAUCAGAAGACAGCCAAGCUGGCAAGCACUUUCCAUAGCACAUCCUGCCUCCGCAAUGGCACGUUCCGGAAUUCCCUAAAGCCUUCCACCCAAAGCAGUGCCAGUGAGCUCAAUGGGCAUCAUACUCUUGGGCUUUCAGCUUUGAACUUGGACAGUGGUGUAGAGGUGCCAACCCUGACAUCCUCCCAGAUGCCUUCCCUCUCUGUCUUGUCUAUGUGCACAGAAGAAUCAUCACCUCCAAAUACAGGUCCCGUGGCCACCCCUUCUAAUUUCUCAGUAUCACAAGUGCCCAACAUGCCCAGCUGUCCCCAGGCCUAUUCUGAACUACAGACACUGUCCCCCAGUGAGCGGCAGUGUGUGGAGACGGUGGUCAACAUGGGCUACUCGUAUGAGUGUGUCCUAAGAGCCAUGAAGAAGAAAGGAGAGAAUAUUGAGCAGAUUCUCGACUAUCUCUUUGCACAUGGACAGCUUUGUGAGAAAGGCUUCGACCCUCUUUUAGUGGAAGAGGCUCUGGAAAUGCACCAGUGUUCAGAAGAAAAGAUGAUGGAAUUUCUUCAGUUAAUGAGCAAAUUUAAGGAAAUGGGUUUUGAACUAAAAGACAUUAAGGAAGUUUUGCUAUUACACAACAAUGACCAGGAGAAUGCUUUGGAAGACCUCAUGGCUCGGGCAGGAGCAAGCUGAGACCAGGCCUUACCUAGGCCCUGCCACGGAACCACCACCCCAGGACGCCCUGAAAAGCCUACCUGUGGGUUAGGAGAAGGGGCGCACUUCCGGAUUUUCUUUUGGGGGUUGGAAGGUCAGGUGUAGAGGCUGUGCUUGCCAGUCUCUGUGAGCCUAGGACCUGAGCUGGGGAGAAAGUGGAGACGAUUUGGGCAUAUGAAUGCCCCCAGAACCAUCCUGGCUCCUUCCUUAUUAAAUAUAUUUGUAUUUUAAGAAGUGUCCUUCCCAUCUCGGCCCCCUAGAGACUUUUGGGGUCUUUUGUGUCCUUGGCAGAAACCUGGCCUGGCUGCCAAGAGGAAUCGGGGAGAAGGGGUGGGAGGGCCACACUCAGUGCUGCUUUGGGGCUAGACACUUGCUCCCUUCCCCCACACUGGUGGACUGAACUUUGACCCAACUUGAGUGCAAAUGAAAGGUUCUUCCAGGGUUUUAUUUUCCCCCUUUUAACAAUGUCUCUUAGUGUUACACUGGUUCUGCAAUGUCUCUGAGGUACAGAAAAUGUACUUUUCCCCCAUGGGGCCCAGAGUUUGCCUCUCUGCCGGGCAGUCACCUUGCUUCCCUGCCCCAACCUAUUUCUUUUGGCUUGGUUUGGACCACAGUCCUUUACUACCCAGGGUUUUAGGCCCCCUGUUCUAGGACACAGUUGUCAGUGUAAGAACUCAUUGGCUCCUUCCCAGCACACUAAAUGGGUGAGAAAACAGUCCACAAAUUAGUCACUCAGUACUAACUUUACCUCCUUGAACUGCCUCUCCCUCCAGCCCACUGCUUUAGGAUGACACAAUGAGUAACACCUAGUCAUAGAAAUCAGUCUCUUUGGUUUGUUUUGUAUUAUGUUGUACAUCAUUAAAGAUCUAAAUACAAAUGAUA